AUGGAUUCAAUAAUCGAGGAUCAGCAAGCCCAAGCAGAGAGUUUCAAGGACAGGAAGAAGCGUACUUCCAAGAAGCGUGCUUCCAAGAAGCUCGACGUCUCAACCUUCUACGACCAGCUCAAGACCAUCGAGGAAUGUACUACGGGUCACUAUUUACCAACGUCGUUAACGCCGCCGCAUUGCCUAGUCUAG